AUGUCUCAUCCCAAAAAAAGAUUUUUUGUCCCAGUUCCUGGUGUCCCUCUACCACCUCUACCACUCACAAAACACCCCCUUGCCAUGCCUCAUCCAAAAAAAAGGUACAUUGUCCCAGUUCACAGCAUCCCUCUACCACUCAUAAAACACCCCCUCACCAUGCCUCAUCCAAAAAAAAGUGUCCCUCUACCACUCACAAAACACCCCCUUGCCAUGCCUCAUCCAAAAAAAAAGUAUGUUGUCCCAGUUCCCAGCAUCCCUCUACCACUCACAAAACACCCCCUCACCAUGCCUCAUCCAAAAAAAAGAACACCCCCUCACCAUGCCUUAUCAAAAAACAAAAGUGUCCCUCUACCACUCACAGAACACCCCCUUGCCAUGCUCAUCCAAAAAAAAAGAACACCCCCUCACCAUGCUCAUCCAAAAAAAAAAGAACACCCCCUCACCGUGCCUCAUCCAAAAAAAAGUGUCCCUCUACCACUCACAAAACACCCCCUUGCCAUGCCUCAUCCAAAAAAAAAGUAUGUUGUCCCAGUUCCCAGCAUCCCUCUACCACUCACAAAACCCCCCCUCACCAUGCCUCAUCCAAAAAAAAGAACACCCCCUUGCUGUGUCUCAUCCUACAAAAGAUAUCUAUCCCUGCUGCAUGAUAUAUAUAAUGAGACUCAGAUGGUGAAGACCAAGCAGACAGCUAAGAAGACCACUGGGGGUAGAGCUCCCAGGGUAUCUCUUGCUGGUCUGAAAGCUAGGGAAAAACAUGCUGCCAAGUCAAGCAAGGCCCAUGCUAGGAAGGCCCCUGUUGCCAAGAAGAGAAGGAUGAGGAACUUGGCAAGGAUGGAGGGACAUUGUGGCCUUGUGAUCAGGCAGGUUGCAGAAGGGUAUACCCAAGGAUUGCCUUGCAGAGGUCACCCAGCUUCCUGUGACCUUCAGGGCUUCUACUUGUCAGGCAAGCCAGUCCUGAAACACCCUCUUGUGGUCACUGGGGGGUUUGAGCAUGCCACCACCUCUGAAGUGGCUGGUAACUCUACUGCCAUUAUCCACCUCCACCUUGAGUCUCUGGAGCUUGGCCAUGCCCCUGUGCAUAUCCUUCACACCAUGCUGCAGGGAUAUUUCACACAAGACACCUACCACUUUUCACAACUGCCCUUCAACUUUGCCACUGAGGAGUCCAGAGCUGCCUAUGACACUGCAGCAUCAAAGCUAGCUUCAAGUCUGACUACCUUUGCUAAGGUAGUCAUUUUCCUUACUACCCAUACUGAUGAAGACAGGGGGAAUCUGUUCUCUGGAACAGAGAAUAAGGUUCCAAUAGCCACAGAGGUCUUUGAGGGUGGAGACCUCAUCUUCUUUGUAUGUGGUUCUACUGUAAGGAAGGAGGAGAGCUUCCAAGGACUGAAGGCAGCUGUGCAACAUUUCAAGCCAAGGUCCAUGCUGCUUUUUGAUGCUGAGAGACUUCAACUAGUCACCACCAUUCCCUUCCUCAUGAGUGUCCUUGACUCCACCCUUGUUCAAGGCUUCCAUGUCCAAAGUGCAGUCAGGCACUCCAACAUCAUCUUGAUGUUGUGGCAGGAGAAGGUAGUGGUGGAGAAAUUUAUCUGGACUGACAAGUUCAUCAGGCCUUGGGGACAACAAUUGCCUGCCCAGUGCCCUCAGUGUUAUAGCAUUCAGAAGUGGGAGGCUGGUUGUUCAGGGCAGACUUAUUCCUAUGAGUGCAAGAAUCCUGGCUGUGGGAAGGACACACAAGGCACAUCUCAGCCUCCCCAAACCUAUACUAUCUGCAUGUCCAAAGGGGCUACCAAACUGACACAUGGAAAGGGGCAAACAUCAUCCUGGCUGUUGGGAUCUUUGUAA